AUGUCCUGGAUUCCUGUCCUGCUCAUGCUAUUAGCCUACUGCACAGGUUGUGUCCCUCAGCCUGUGCUGCAUCAGCCACCAUCCACAUCCUCAUCUCUUGGAACCACAACCCGCCUUACCUGCACUCUGAGCAGCAACUAUAAUAUUGGUGUUUAUAGCAUCUACUGGUACCAACAGAAACUGGGCAACUCUCCAAGGUUCUUGCUGAGAUACUUCUCACACUCAGAUCAGCACCGGGGUCCCAAUGUCCCCCCUCGCUUCUCUGGGUCCAAAGAUGUGGCCAGGAACCGGGGGUAUUUGAGCAUCUCCAAACUGCAGUCUGAGGAUGAGGCAAUGUAUUACUGUGCUGUGGGUGCCCAAAGCAUGGAGAGGGAAAAGAUGGAGAGGGAGAUCAGGGAAGAAAAGGAUCCUGCUGCUUCAGGGUUUCAGGUACCCCAGGACAUGCCUACCUUGAAUUGA